AUGAGCUGGCAGGAUUACGUAGACAAACAGCUCUUGGCUUCGAAAUGCGUUACGAAAGCCGCAAUUGCUGGUCACGACGGAAAUGUUUGGGCCAAAUCAGACGAUUUUCUUGUAACCUUAAACGACGCUAAAGAAGAUACUAAAAAACUUGGAAUAAUUUUAAAAUGUGAAGAGGAUAAAUCGUGGAAUAUACUGAACCUAAAUGUAGCAAAGGAUAAUAAAAAUGAAGAUUGCGAUAAUCUAGUAAAUAUACAUGAUACCGUUACAAAUGUUAUCAGAAAUGUACUGGAACAUCAAAUAAAUGAUGACGCUGAAUACAGAACCGAAAAUUUAGAUAGAAUUUUAGAUUUGUCAGAAAUCGUCAACAAACGGGAAAAUCUUAAUGUAAAGGAUUUUUAA